AUUCAGAACGUGUUAAAUUGUAGUUUUUCCUCUUGGUACGAAAAAUUCAAAAAGGUAACUAUCAGAAGUAAAGUGGUUGACCUUCCCCAUGAUUUCAUUGAGUACCUGUUGGCAGAUGGAUUGGUUCUUCCAGAAAGUUUACAGUUUAGUAGACAGCAAAGUAGUGAUGACAGUGAUGAUGAAGUAGAUUGGAAUAAUCCAGAUUUACCUGUUGCUGAGACUCCUGUCUUUCCUGAUCUUACUAGAAGAGUGGAAGACAGUAUCGAAGAACUUGGAGGACACGUGUUUCCUAAGCUAAAUUGGAGUAGCCCAAGAGAUGCCUCAUGGAUAGCUCUGAACAACAGCACUUUGUGUAGAAAUUUUUGUGAUAUCUGUUUACUACUGAAGAGUUCAGAUUUUAUUGCCAAUGAUCUGACAGAUCCAUUUAAAUUCUGUGACGAUAGACUAGAAAGAAGUGGUCUUACCUAUUCAUCAGACCCCAUUGUUGCUUGUCAAGGUUUUCAAUAUCAGCUGGUCCUUAGAAAGUGGAUAGAAAUAGAUCCAAGCAUGGAGUUCCGAUGUUUUGUAAAAAAUGAUAAACUUAUUGGUAUAUCUCAGAGAGACUACACCAAUUACUAUAGCUACAUUGGCUAUCAGAGAAAUGAUAUUGUUCAAGAUAUACAGUCCUUCUUUAAAGAACAUAUGCAAGGGAAAUUUGUUGAUAAAAACUAUGUGUUUGAUGUUUACAGAAGAAGAAAGGAUCGAGUCAGGUUAAUGGAUUUCAAUCCAUUUGGUCCAAUCACAGAUCCACUUUUGUUUCGAUGGGAGGACCUGGCUCAGAGAGUCACUUCUACUGCUGAAGAAAACCUUGGGCCAUCAGAUACUAUCCAUGUUAGAAGUAGAGUAAACAAGUUUCAGAACCUUGGGCCAUCAGAUACUAUCCAUGUUAGAAGUAGAGUAAACAUGUUUCAGAACCUUGGGCCAUCAGAUACUAUCCAUGUUAGAAGUAGAGUAAACAAGUUUCAGAACCUUGGGCCAUCAGAUACUAUCCACGACAGAAGUAGAGUAAACAUGUUUCAGAACCUUGAGCCAUCAG